UAAAAUCACUCUGUUUUCAAGAAACAAGAAUCCAGUAAGUACUCCGAUUGCAAAAUCAUGAUCAGCUUUCGAAGUAGCAGUAGAUUUCAAUUUUCAUCCCAAAACCGCCAUUUUCGAAUUUCAAACACAGAAUCCCUAAGCAAAGAAUGUAGAAAUUCGAUAAGAAUCUUGAAUCGCGAAAAUGGGUCCUACUCUGCUCCUCCUGGCUCCACCAAGGCACUGAAAUGUCGAGUGUUCUCUAAACUGGUGGCUAUGGCAGGAGAAUGAGAUAGCAAAAUUUUCCAGAACAAACGCGUUGCAACAAGUUUUCACCGGCGCGAAGGAACAGAAUUCAUCAGACAUCCAAAACUUGGAGCUUUAGCGAUAGCGUAAAGUAGAAUUGAAUUCGACUUGGAGUUUCGAAUCUGAACUUGAAUCUGCAAUCCUAUGCAAUGGUUGCCCACUUGAAUUCUCGGAGGCCCAUAUCGUUAUUUAUGUUCAUGUGAUUCUCCAAGACAUAGUAAUGGGCCAUGCUUUUCAUCACAAUUUGAUUUGAUAUCAGGCCCGGGUGUGGUUUGCUUUAAGCCCUUCGUCAAGCUCACACGCACACCAACUGUUUGUAGAAAUGUCAGCUCGAGAUGCUGAUUCGUCAUAUGAUCUAUGCCUUCUCCAUUUUCUAGGCAUUUCUCCUCCACGCUAAAGAAUGAGCAAACUCCAAAAUCUCACUUGAAGAAAACCCAGAUGCCUAUACUUUGCAAAUUAGUCUUAUACAAACUUAGGCAUACCAGUAUCAGGUGCCCUGAGAAGUGACUCAAGCAAUGGCUGCUCGGUCGGUUUACUCUUCAUCAGUGCCUUCUCUACCACCCCCGAGUCCGAAAUCUCCGCCUGAGUACCCGGAUUUGUAUGGGAAGCGUCGAGAGACAGCUAAGAUUCAGACGCUUGAAAGAGAAAUUGGUUUCCUUGAGGACGAACUAAAAUCCAUCCAAAGUCUUCAACCCGUAUCAAUAUGCUGCAAAGAGAUUAGCGAUUUUCUAACGGCCAAUUCAGAUCCAUUGACGCCUACAUGCAGGGCAAAACAUCAGCGAUGUCGCAUCUGGAAAUGGUUAUGCGGGUUUCCUUGCUUUAAGUUGUCGUGGCUGUGCUGCUGCUCUUGCACUGGUUGCUCUGUCUAUGUAGAUAUGCCUCACUGUUGUGACUGCAAACCAUGUAACUUCCCAUCAUGUUUAAGGUGUUGUAGUAUGCCAAAGUGUAGUUUCUUCUCUUGUCCCCCUUUAUCCUGCUGUAGAAACUUCUCGUGUCGUAAAUUAUGUUGUUUAUCAUUACCUUCAAUCUCAUGCCCCCACUGUUGCAGCUGCUGCGAAUGCAAAUGCAGCUGUAAGUGCUCUUUUCCAAAAUGUUCACAGGUACCUUCUUGUCGCCUCUGUACAAAGUCGUGUUGUAACCCCUGCUCUUUAUGUUGUUGCUUUUAGUUCAGCAACACUAUUCCAUAAAGUUAUUUUGAUCUUCUACAUGAAAAAGUCGAUGGACAUUAUGAUGAA